AUGUAACACAAGGAAAGUUCCGGAGUAGCUAAAGGUCGAGAUAAAACUGCAAGCAGGUUCACACCGCGUCUGUUUUUAUUGAAUUCACAGAUAAACUAACUUAAUAGGUAAAAUAUGCCGAGGGGAAGCAGAAGCCGGACAUCUAGGAUGCCCCCACCAGCCAGUCGGGCACCACCUCCACCUCCACCACCUAUGGCCAGGGCAGCACCCCCUCCUGCCCCUGUUCCAAUGCAGGCCCCUCCGUCUGCUGUGGGUGCACCAGCAGCAGCACCCAGGCAGCCGGGUAUGUUUGCCCAAAUGGCGACCACAGCUGCCGGUGUGGCAGUGGGCUCUGCAGUGGGGCACACCAUCGGCCACGCUAUGACUGGAGGCUUCAGUGGAGGACACUCAGAGCCUGCCAGGCCUGACGUCACGUACCAGGAGCCGUACCAGGCCCAGCCAUACCAGGGCCAACCCAUGUACCAGCAGCAGCCUCAGUCCAUGUACCAGCAGGAGGCUCCUCAGCAGCAGGCCUGCUCCUACGAGCUCAAACAGUUCAUUGAAUGUGCUCAAAACCAGAGCGACCUGAAACUCUGCGAGGGCUUCAGCGAGGUUCUCAAGCAGUGCAAGUUCGCCAACGGUGAGUGAAAGGUCUGUCGUGAGACGGAGACAAACAACCUGCAGAAUGAAGAACACACACCUUAUUAAUAAUAAACCAGACACUCUAGGAGGAUGUAAUUUACUGGAGAUCAAUCAAUAAACAUGCUUUGUUUUGACAGCUGAUUAUCGUUAUUCCUCAGGAGGCUGCUGCUGCCGAACUUGUAAUCGUAGUCUUAUAAAUAAUGUUUAUAUAUUUUGGUGUGUUAUGUUUUGAGUUGAUUUCAGUUUAGUCAUAUAUGUGCUUUUAUUUUAGAAUACCUCUCAUAUAUGACAGUAUUUGCAGGAUAACAAAACUUGCAAAACCACCAGUCUCCAUUUUCAAUUUGCUUGUUCCAAGUUUAGGAUUUAAAACAAUAAAGCACUUGGAUCAUUGA